CAAAAACGGUCGGAAGAUUUUCGAUGGCAUUGAGGCAGGGCAGCCCGGUCCCAUCGCCAUCCAAGCGGCGCUUGCGAGAGCUCGUCGAGGCCGCGCGCGUCGCGACGUGUACGCAGGACGUGGAUGCCCGGGACGAGGCCGAGGCGUGGGCGCGCCAGGACAAGUACUACACGCGCUGGCGCCACUUGCGAAGUCUCCAUGCGUACUACGCGUCGCGUCCGGCGCCGCUUUUGCCUGCGCUGCACGUGGCUUGUUUCGAGGCGUGUGUCCAGGCGCACGUACCGCUCUCGCUCCUUGAAAGCAUCUUGAUCAAGUGCUUGGGUCUCGACGCCCGCGACAAGCAAGCGAUCCACUUGGUGCGCGCAGUCUUGGACGUUAUCGCCGAGCCGAGUGCGCACGGCCUGGUUGUUGAUUACCGACGCGUCACAGGCAUGUGGGAUACCCUCGAGCAGCCACUCUUGGCGCCACGCGACCGCAUCUCGCGCUGGUUCUACGUCUACGCCAGCACCAAGGACAAUGUGGAAGCGAUCCAAACGAGUUCCGAUCUGAGCGCCAUGUGCACGCUGGCGUCGUCGAGUCCACUGGAGGAAGCCGAAGUCGACCACUGCCUCAAGGACUUUUUCGCUGAAGCCCGGGCCAAGCGAUGUCAUACCUACACCCUCAGCGACCUGCUGGCGUACGCAGAGUCGCACCCGUGGUUGCCAAAGCUGCUCGACCGUCAAGUGUGGCACAUCCUGCCGGACGCCAUUCGCCUCAAGUACCACCGAGAUAAGUACGGUUUUUCCGUGCUUCGUGUCGAGCAAGAGCGAUACGCUGUGCGCCUGCAGCUCGCUGUCCGGACAUGGUCGCUGGCCGCUUCGCGGGCCCACUUGCAUCGCUGGCGCGAGUGGACGCACCUCUCGCGUCGCAAGAAGCGGGGCGAGCGCCAUUGGCAAUUGGUGCAGUGUGCCCGCGGUCUCGCGGGCUUUCGAGAUCAUUGCCAUCGACGCCGAUGGAUGCAUGUGCGCGAGGUUGUGGCGCGGACCCAGUACCACAAGUCGCUUCUCGCCCGAGUCAUUCUUGACUGGUGUUUCUUUCAAACAGCGUGGCGAGCUCUCGACAUGUGGGCAGCGGCGCGCGCCGAGCGGUCCCGCCCACCACGUCUCCUGCGACCCGUGUAUACCGCGUGGAUCCAGUACACCCAGCUGCAAUUUCAACUGCGACGCGAGCGCCACGAGAUUUGCGUCGCGAAAGCCCGCGCCGUGCGCGCCCAGCUGCUGCAGACCAUGGUAGCGGCGUGGACCUACUUUGUCGUGCUCCAAAAGCGCGAUCGGCAAGCGGCAGCGCGCCAAGACGCCAUGGUUGCUGCCGACAUUGAGCGCGCGCGGGUGGAACGUGAAGUGGCGCAAAUGAAGAUCGAAGACGCCAUCGCGCGCGAGGUACUGGCAAGGGAAAAGAAGGAGGUCGAGCGGGCGCGCGCGGCCGCAUUCCGCGCACAAACCGAGCAAAUCAAAAAGAUGCGCAAGCAGCGAGAGCUCAUCGAGUACCGGACCGCCAAGAAAAUCGAACGACAGCGGCGCUUGGACGCCGCCAACGACGCUGCGUGGGCCGAGAUCGAAGCCAUGGCCAAGGCCAAGGCCCGCGAAGCUGCUGCAAAGUGGCUCGCGACGCCCGAAGGCAAAGCCAAGCUGCUCGAAUCGGCCACGUAUAUAUACGAGACGGACCCGUCGACGGUCGUUGCGGGUUUGCAAGCCGAUCCGGCGUAUGGCAACGUGCCCAACUGCGUCUGGGUGUGCCGCCUCGAGGUGUUCCGCAGCAAAGCGCAGCCACCAAAGGCCUACUAUAUGCACACGGAAGAGCUCAAUAAGAUCUUAUGCGUCAAUUUAACGCUGGCAGACUGCGACGCGAUCGCUCGGGAGCAGUACAUUCAAACGCGCGUGAACGAGACGAUGGCGCAGCUGGCGAUACGCGGCGCUGAAGAGAGACUCAAGGUGCUUCGCAACCGGUCGGCCAAGACGAUUCAGCUCCUCUUUCGGUGUCGCCAAGCGAAAAAAUACAUGCGCGGCCUCAUGCGCGCUGUCGUGAUGCGCCGUAUUGACCCAACGACAGGCGUCGUCGUCUACUACAAUACCAUGUCCCGCACCACGUCGCCGUCGCCGCCAUUGCUCAUGGGCGCGGCCGUCGCGACGCUCCCCAUGGAGUCGCUCAACUGGGUCCGGCGGAUGAACGACCGCGGUGAGCUCUUCUACUUCAACCAAGAGACGCUCGAGACAUCGUGGACGAUUCCGGACGGCUACGUGCUCUGCUUCAAGUGCAAACUCAACUUUGUGACGCAGCGCCACGUGGCAACAGGCGUCCGCUAUUGCGUCUCGUGCUUUGCCGAGCGCAUUCACCUCGAGCGCCAAGAGGCCAACGCCAUUGGCGAAGCUACGGACCCAAGGAAAGCCUGGACCAAGGUGGUCGUGCAGGCCGCCAAGUGCGCAGUCUGCAAGACGAGCGCGGCCGCGGUGCAGUGCCACGACUGCCUUGGCGACACGACGUGCUUGCGCUGCUUUACGAUUUUGCACACCAACCCCAAGCUCAAGCACCACACGCAGCACGAGUCUCUCUUGCACACGUCAAAUGCCAGGGCGUCCUAGUCCAUAUCCCCUCGAGUGCCCAGCGUCGUGAAGAGAUUCGAUGUACGGGCAGGAGGGGCUGGGGAGCUUUUAUGGGUGGGAGUGGGAUCGACUGUGGAAGCCUGACGUCAUGCAGCUCCAUUGGCGUCCUUGCUUGCCCAUGGGCAGUUCCUUUUGCCUCGUCACAUGUGCCAAAACGCAUCCGAAUACAUUUGAAUCGUAGCUGGUUAAAUGUUCCAAGCCUCAACAUGCCCAAUCGCUGUUAUUCUUGCCGGCAAAUUGGUUGCUACCGGCGCCAAAGCCAC